UUGCAUCACGGAGGUUGGUGUGACGUCGCUGCUCGGCUCGGGAUCUGUCCCGGGAAGCCGUGGUGCUGAUUCUGCAGCGACAGGCGGACAGGCUGCAACAUCACAACCAGCCACACUUUCCUUCCCUCCCGCACACGAAAGGCACCAUCCGGUGAUCCAGCCGAGCCUCCUGGGCUGCCUGUGCCUGGAUUAUUAAAGCUGUUCUGCUCGGGAGAAACCCCCGCGGAGAGACGCACGGUUUGGAGAAGAGGAGAGGAUAUGCUCCUGCUGCAAGUCUGCUUCUGCAGAAUAACACCUGAAACAGCCUGCGCGUGAAUAUUAACGCUGUGCACAGGAUAAACCAUUCGUUUGGAGCGUUAAAGAGAGAGUGAGAGACAGAGAGAGAGAGAAAGAGCGAGAGAGAAAGAGAUGCAGUAAAUUGAGCAAAGAUUACACACAGAAGUGCUGGAAAAACUGGGCUCUUUUAGCUCAUAAGGACAUCGUGCGCUUGAGAUGCCAGGCUGCUUGAAGUGAUUGCUUGGAAAACAGACAUUUCCAACCUGGAAAUUCUUUUUUACGCAGCAUGCCAUGCACAGAUCACACAAUGCACACAAACAUCAGCUUUAUAUGUAUUUUUCUUAUAAGUGAGUGUGCCGUUUUAUAAUUAUCAUCAUUUGUGGAAAGACAGGAAGGCAGAGUGUCCAGCAUCCCCCGCGGACUGAGCUCUUUUCUUCUCGGGGUGAGGGACGGAUGCAGUGCGGCCGCGGCAUGCUGAAGGGCCGCUGCUGCUGUGUGCUCUUCCGGGACCUGCAGGUGCUGCUGCUCAGGGACAUGAGCGGACACCGAGACACCGAGGCUCCCAGCACGCAGACCCGGUCCACAGAAGACUCAGUGCUGGACACGGCGGUGGCAGAGCUCUCCAAAGAUAAACGGGAUGAGCGCUUCUCAUUUAUCAGCUACGCCGAGGGCACGCCGGUGUGCAGGAUCUGUUUUCAAGGGCCCGAGCAGGGGGAGUUGCUGAGUCCAUGUCGCUGUAGUGGCUCUGUCCGCAGCACUCAUCAGCCCUGUCUAAUUAAGUGGAUCAGUGAGAGAGGCUCCUGGACAUGUGAGCUUUGUUACUAUAAGUACCAGGUCAUUGCCAUAAGCACAAAGAAUCCCUUACAGUGGCAGGCCAUCUCGCUGACAGUAAUAGAGAAGGUUCAGAUUGCAGCAGCCAUCUUGGGCUCGCUGUUUCUGAUUGCCAGCAUAUCAUGGCUGGUGUGGUCUUCGUUCAGUCCUUCAGCCAAGUGGCAGCGCCAGGACCUGCUCUUUCAGAUCUGCUAUGGCAUGUACGGCUUCAUGGAUGUGGUGUGUAUCGCUCUGAUUGUCCACGAGGGCCCUUCCGUCUUCCGCAUAUUCAAUCGCUGGCAGGCGGUAAACCAGAAAUGGAAAGUUCUGAACUAUGAUAAAAAGAGGGACAGCGAGGAGCUAAAGGCCAGCGAAGGCGAGUGGACUCUCUCUCUGCUCCACGAGCAGGAGCAGGCGGCGGCCGGUAUAUCACCGUCAACCUCCUCGUUAAUGGCUGCUGCGACAGCUCUUGAUACGCCAAACACCACAGCAGCAGGUCUCCCUACGGAGGACUCUACACACAACCACAGUAAUGACACUACAGGGACUGACCAUCACUGUCCUUAUAGCUUUUUUCAUCUCCUCAGUCACCUUAGGUCACAUGAGCUACGCCACCAGUCAGGAAACACCAGCAACACCAGCAACACCAGCAGCCAUCAGCCCAGAGAACUGGUCAUGAGAGUAACCACUGUGUGAGCAAAAAUGACACGCCUUAUCAUCGUGGACUUGGAAUGCCAAAAAGCACAAAGGGUGAACAUUUUAAUGGUCUUGUAUGAAUGGAAGAAAAGCACAAUUUAUGUCUGGCACACAGGAUGAAAUCUGGAUUGUGUAACUGUAAUGACACAAUUUGCUGCAGUAUUGCAGAUAAAAAAAACAAGGUUUAUCUGUACCUUUACAAUACGACUUUGUCUCUCAGUCAACCUAUCACACAUUUACCUUCAUGUUUAAUUCAUUUAUCUGUAAAUGUGACCACAUCUGUCCGUCCACUGUCUCAGUCAGAAAGUCCGGACAGGGGAGAAGCUACUGAACCGCUGACACAGCUGGUCUCAUGUCUCUUCUGUUAACAUUCUGUAUUAAACAACUGUACAGUCUGAAUGUUUACAGUUAGAAAUGGUUUAUCUCACAGGUGAACUGUUCUCAAGUGUUUUUUCCCCCCGAAGUCACUGUAAAACUGAAAUUUCUAAAUAACCGAAGAGAUAGGACUCUUAUAAUAACUGUGCGUUUUUGUUUUUUUGUUGUUUUUUCCCCUGGGGAAGGCAUUACUUUCUCAAUCAUAUGGGAUGCCAUGAAGUGCUUAUGUCCGAUGUUUCCUAUUUCCACAUGGUGUUUUGAGAUUACAUUUACCUUGUUGCCAUUUCAGU